AUGUUUGCAAUUUCGAUUUUCCGUAAUGAAAUAUCUAAGAGGCGUCCACUUAAACCAUUAUUAAUAUCUAGCAUAGCUUUUAAACAAGUAUCAAACUUAUAUGUUGGGUUACAAUUUAAACACUGGGAUCAUGAUCAAAAGCUUAACAAGAAUGGUGGGGUUUAUAAGUAUAUAUUUGAAUGUCAGCAUGCAGGAAACCCUCAAACAAAAAAAAAGACAAUUGAACCCUCACAACAGCAUAACAGAAAGUCUAUCAAGACAAAUUGCACCUGUUUUAUCAAUAUUUGUUGGCCACUAAGUUUACCAGCUCCAUCAAUCACUAAGCUAAAUCUUACCCACUUUGGUCAUACACUUUGUUCUGAUAGUCAUUUUCGAAAAGGUGAUAUAACAGAUCCAGAACAAGAUCCCGAAAAUGAUGUAUCAAACCUUUUAAAGAUAUUAAGAACAUUAAAGAAAGAGGAUCCCACAUGGUUUAUAGCAGAAUACUUUCAGGCAUUAAUGUCUGAUAAAACGACUUCAUUAUAUAUCUGGGUCCUUAAUAACCUUAUAGCAGCAACAGAUAAUUCACCUCUAUUAACAAUUUUUUCAGAUUGCGAUACUGGAUUAGGAUCU